AUGCAGAGGGACCUAGCAUAUCGUAUGGAGGAGCAACAUAAUCGGGGACGCCGUAACAACUUGCGGGUGAGAGACCUCCCUAAGGCGAUAAUGGAUGUGGAUCUGGCGGUCACCCUGCGAGACAUUCUUAACCCUAUAAUGGGCAGGACCCCUACCACUCUUCUCCUAUUUGACAGGGUAUAUAGAAUACCUCACCCGCGGGGCAUGCAAACUGAAACCCCCAGAGAUGUGAUAUGUCGAUUACAUUACCAUAUGGAUAAAGAAAUUAUUUUGAUGAAGCUGCGGGAGACGCCGCAGAUAGAAGCUAAUGGCGCACAUCUACAAAUCUUCCCCGACCUGGCUAGAGAGACUCUCACAAGGCGCAGGGCUUUACGGCCGCUGCUAGACCUGCUGCGUUCUAAAGACAUCCAAUACCGCUGGGGUUUCCCGGCAUGUUUAAUCGCCAGAAGACAAGGCAAGACGUCGAUUCUCCGCUUCCCGGAAGAGCUGGAGGCUUUUUGUGAAGCUCUACAGGUCAAGGCACCGAAGUUACCAGGAUGGAACGACGAGCUACCAACCCUACCACCGCUGCAAGAUCGGCAAUGGAGGGCACUUAUGGACACUUGGCGCACACUACAUCCUCAUGAAAAAAACUACACGAUAUACUCACCUGUACACAACAUGUAUGCUUGUAUUGAUUAUAUAUUUAUGGAACACAGACACUUGGAUUUACUUCGAGAGGCCACUAUAUUAACAGCUACGAUAUCAGAUCACGCCCCUAUAUCUAUUUGCCUGGAGAGACCCGGAGAGAAUAGACCUCCGUAUAGGUGGAGACUUAACGAACAGCUAUUGGCCGACCCUAAUAUUGAGUCGGCUCUAAAAGAAGAUCUCAUUCUCUAUUUUAGAGAAAACGAUACGGAAUCUAUCUCUCCGGGGAUACUCUGGGAAGCCCAUAAGGCAACGAUACGGGGGAAAUUGAUAGCACAAGGCGCACGUAAAAAAAAGGAACAAACUCACAAAAUCACGGAACUGACUCACAAGAUAACCACCCUAGAACGAAUACACAAACUGUCUCUGGCGGAAGCUCACCUCCAGGAAUUAACCGAAGCACGGGAAGAACUACAGUUGGAGUCGGUAAAGCUGGCCCGUGCAGUGUUCAGCAAGCUGCAUGAGGUUUGCUGUAGUUGGGUGAAAGAUUUUCCUUUGUGCCGGAAGCCGCACUUGUUCUAUGAUACAUCCAUACAUGCCAUCAAGAAUAUGCGGAGGAAGAUGGAGGAUAAGCAUGUCUGCAUUCCUGACUUUAACAUCCUCUUCAAUCUAGAGGACCAAGAGGAGCAAGCUUACUUUGCUGUGUUUGAUGGACAUGGAGGAGUAGACGCUGCCAUCUACGCCUCUCUCCACCUACAUGUAAAUUUAGUACGUCAAGAGGUAUUCCCUCAGGACCCAGCAGAAGCCUUGUGUCAAGCAUUCCGCAUCACAGAUGAAAGCUUUGUAAAAAAAGCAGCCCGUGAGAAUCUCCGUUGUGGUACAACUGGUGUGGUGACCUUUAUUCGUGGCAACAUGUUGCACGUGGCUUGGCUGGGAGACUCCCAAGUAAUGUUGGUACGGAGGGGACAAGCAGUGGAGCUUAUGAAGCCGCAUAAACCAGACAGAGAGGAUGAAAAACAUCGCAUAGAGGCCUUGGGCGGUUGCGUGGUCUGGUUCGGGGCAUGGAGAGUUAAUGGAAGCCUGUCUGUCUCCAGAGCUAUUGGGGAUGCUGAGCAUAAGCCAUAUAUCUGUGGUGAGGCAGACUCUUUUUCCACUGUCCUUGAUGGAUCUGAAGAUUAUCUUAUUCUUGCUUGCGAUGGUUUUUAUGAUACGGUUAACCCUGAAGAGGCAGUAAAAGUUGUGUCUGACCAUUUGAAGGAGAAUAAUGGUGAUAGCAGCAUGGUUGCCCAUAAGUUGGUUGCAUCAGCUCGUGAUGCUGGCUCCAGUGACAACAUCAGUGUUAUUGUAGUGUUUCUCAGGGACCUUAUUGCACAAUCCAACACAACCGAAGAGAACAACCAAACCGAGAGCUCUUUUGAUGGGGGACAGGAAGAUAAUGGAGAUAAGGAGAAUCAAGGGGACUGCAAAGGGUCAUCAUGGCCACUUCAUCAGUGUUCAGCACCUGCUGACCUAGGAGGUUAUGAAAGUCGAGAUUCUUUUACAGACAGAACUAGUUUGAACUUUGGUCCUGAUAUACAGGUUUUAGAGAAACAAGACUAUUUAGACCCAUUGCAUGGAGGAAGUGGCAAGCCAUAUAGUGCCAAAUGCUUUCCGUGCUCCCAAGUAUCCAGAGCUAGCUCACCAAAGAGAGCCAAUGGAAGCAAGGAUUCUGUGAAAAAGGAGCCUUUAGAAAGUCCUCCAGCUCAUGGAGAGAAAGAGAGUAAUGAAAGUGUUGCAAGAAGUACUGGCUUGGGAUAUGUGAAUAUCUUGAUGCCCCAAAAGGAAAGCUUGAUCUGCCCUCGGGAGUUAAAGGAUGAAUGUUUGGAAGUAGUAGUAAAUGGUCCAACUUUUAGAUCUCCCUUACACUUCAGAAAGAGGAAAGGUGGGACUAAGGCCAAGCCAAGCUUUUCAAAGCUCCUAUAUUCCCAAAAGCCUUCUUACAAAGCACGGUCCACUUUAUCAAUGCCAGUGCAGCACAUUGGCAAACGUAGGAUAUCAGUACAUUGCCCUGUAGCUUCUAGGAAACUUAGUGUUAGGGGUCAUUUGAUGAAUAGAGCUUUGCUUAAGGAGAGCAACUGUAGAUCACUGGCAGACCUGCAUAGGAUCUAUCAAGUGUAAAAGGUAACCUGAGUUCUUCUGUGUGUUAUAUAACUGUAGUGCUCCAGUGAAUUAGGUUAGAUUGAUCCAGACUUUAAUGGCAUCCUUCUCUCUUUGUGUAUUGAUCUCACCCCAAGCAGUGCACAGCGUGGUACUUGAUUUACAUACAGAUGGACAUUUCCACAGUCUGAAGUGUCAGUUUGAUUUCAUUGAUACUAGAAUGCAUAACUGCUGCCAUGUUUGUAUCGCAACAUUUAAACAUUUCCAUUACCACAUGCAGCAAUUAGGAGAAAAACGAGGAUAAUGUAGGUUGUA